UAUUUUGUUCAAACUUGUGAGAAAACAGGAACAUGAUACUAUUUUGUUCAAACUUGUGAGAAAACAGGAACAUGAUAUUAUUUUGUUCAGACUUGUGAGAAAACAGGAACAUGAUAUUAUUUUGUUCAGAAUUUAAAAAAAAAAUAAAUAAAGAGGAUAUAACUUUGAUGAACUUUUCCGGACAGGUGACGCAAUACGCCCACUCCCCCAAAAGUGAACCAUGUCUCUCGUGACUCCAACCUUUGGACAAAGUCACUAGUGCAACUGCGUUAUCCCAAUAUUCCAGUCGAGUUGGUAUUAUUUCAGCAGUCCUCUUGCCCAUGGGAAGACUGUGUUCGAGAUUAUGCUCAUAUGUUUAUCAGAGCAGCUAAGCCGCAAGUAAAUCCCAUUCAAACGUAACUUAGCUAUCACCGCGUGAUCGGCGAGAGGCUCUACUUAUAUAUUCUUUAUCCGCACUAACUUUAUAAUACAAAAACUGGCAUCCUGAUAAGAUUGAUUGUAUUUUGCCAUGAAAAGACUUGUAAAGGUACCAGUGAAAAUGCAAAUUAAAAACAACAACAACAAAAAAAAACAAUUGUCUUUCGGAUUGCCCGUCCCCCGAUUCCUAUGAUUGGAUAACACGACAUAUGAUUUUGAGAUAUUCAAUUAUUUAAUGAUGAAAAAAAAACAACAACAACAAAAACAACCUUGAAAAUAAAUUAAAUAUUUAUUCCUUGGUUGAGAAGUUAUAAAGAAAGAACUAAACAAAACACAGCCUGUUUUGAGCAUUUGCCAACAAUGGCAGCGAUGAAACCGCUUUUCAAAGUCGUCGUAGUCUUUGGGACAGUCACGUCCGUCCUGACAGUCAUCUUGACUCUACUCUACAACAGGACCGGAAUCUACCCCGUGCACUACAAGGUCAGCAACAGGCCUUUUACCUUUAGCGAAGACGCCAACAGACCACCCGGCACCAGUCUGAGAUCCGAUUUCAACACUCUGCUCAGACGAUAUUCCGAACGUCCAGGACUGCGGGAAUUCCAGCCCGAGGACGCGCCCGAUAAAUACAGCAACAGUCUCUUAGCUAUAGAGGUGCGCAACAAUCGUCACGAAAAAACGACGGUGGAUCCAAAAUUGAACAAUGCCGUGGAAGCGUUGCUGGCUCAGCCGAUAAUAAACGACCACAACUUCGAGUACAUUCACAAUCCAAGAAACGCGUGCUCAAACUCACCGACGGACGUGUUGGUCACCGUGCCGUCGGCUCCCGGAAACUGGGAGAAGAGGAUGAAAGUGAGGAACAGCAGCAGGGGGGAUUACGUCAGGGACCAGGGCAACAGGGCGAGGCUGCUGUUCUUCGUCGGAAAAGGGAAUUCCAGCGAGCAGGAUCGAAUCGACGAAGAAGUCGCGCGGUUCGGGGACAUCGUCCAGGAGACGUUCGACGACGUCUACAAGAAUAUUCGAUUAAAAGCAGUAUCGAUGCUGAAAUGGACCAGCGCCUUCUGCCAGGGUGCCGACUUCGUGAUACGCGCCGACGAUGACGUUAAGAUCAACCUCAUGGGGCUGGUCGCCGUGUUGAAGCGAACGGCCCUGCGGCACGAACACUUUAUCCUCGGACGCGUGAAGGUCGAGGACGACCCGGCGCGUGAUCCCAACAGCAAGUACUUUUUAUCACGCGCCGAGUACCCCCGUAGGAAGCUCCCGAGGUACGCUCUCGGCGGCCUGCUCGGGUACCCUGUCAGAACGGUGACCUUGUUGUACCAGGCCGCGCUGAGGACUAAACCCGUCUGGCUGGACGAUGUGUUCAUCACGGGGAUCUGCGCCCCGAAGGUAGGCGUGGAGCUCUUGAGCGAUCCAAGUUUUGACUUCACGCACAAGGAGUGGUGACGUGAUAUUUUUCGCGGCUUCAUUCAAUGUAAAAAUAAGAAUACACAUUCUUUUGCAUUUGCUGUUCAUAAAUUCUUUUUUUUUCUUUUCUUUUUUUUUUAAAGAUUUAAAGAGUUGGACCAAAAUGUCGAAAAUUCUUCUUCAUAUAACAAUACAAGGAACUAUUAAUUUUCGUAAUGACUUGACACACUCGUUUAGUGUUUUUCAACCUUUUGAUUGGAAUGCACUACCCCAUGCAGUGGCACAAGAGUUUGAUCUAUUCCAAUUAUUAUUGUUUAUUAGUAUACAAACUGGAUAGGAUCUAGUUGGAGAAUAUAUUAAUAACAAGAAUUGGUACGUCGACUCCACACGGGAUAAACCUAGUCCACAAUUUUACGUAACUGCCAUGUCUUACUCAAGUUUGUUUGUUUGUUUGUUUGUUUUUUUUUUGACAGUUUACUUCAAAUCACUUCUUUUCCUUUCUUCUGUACUUUGUUUCCGUC